GGGCACACACUGGCUUGUGUUGACCAGCUGCUGUUGAGCUGCUGUUGACCAGCACCUUCAGGUCUGGGCCUCAGCCCAUUGUUCCAGCCUGUGCAGAUCCCUCUGCCAGAGCCUUCCUACCUUCCAGCAGGUCAGGACUCCUGCCCAGCUUUGCAUCAUCUGCAAACUCUAGCGAGGGUGCCCUCGAUCCCCUCAUCCAGAUCGUGGAUAAAGAUAUUAGACAGGGCUGAUCCCAGUACUGAGCCCUGGGGAACACCACUGGUGCCCAGCCACCAACUGGAUGGAGUCCCAUUUCCCACCAUUCUGGGCCUAGCCAGGUGGCUGGUUUUCUACGCAGGGUUCCCCUCUUCAAGCCAUGAGCUGCAAUUUGUCCAGGAGAAUGCUGGGGGAGAUGGUGUCAGAGACUUUGCUGAACUCUGGGUAGACAACAUCCGUGGCCUUUCCUUCAUCCCCCAAGUAAUUUUCUUUGCUGGGAAAUGAAGGUUAUAAAGUGUUCAGGGAAGAUUUCUCAGUUCCAGGUGGCUUUGAAUUUAGAAUACAUUUAUCAUUUCAUGUGAAACAAUUCAGCCACUGAGAAUGUUGGCUGUAGUAAUUCAGGAGAAGAAGCUUUCAAAAACAUGAAAAAUGUGCUAAAUUUACAUAAUAGAAUAAAAACAGCUGAAGUGUUUUUUUUUUCUCCUUAAUUCCUUGCAGGAAUGUCUAAAGAGUGAUAAAGCAUACUUGAUAUGAAGUCUAACACAGAUAUUCUAGGAAAUUCUGGUGAUUAAAGAUCAUGGCAACCAUAGAGGAACUGGCCCAUCAAAUUUUUGAACAGCAAAUGGGAGAGGUUACACAUUCCCAGGAAGGUGGUACACAAACACUAAUGGAUGGGACACCACAACGAAUACAGAUUGUCCCUGCAGAUUCAGGCCUCUCUUUAUCACAGCGUAUACAGAUUGUCACAGAUCAGCAGACGGGCCAGAAGAUUCAGAUUGUUACAGCACUUGAUCAGAGCUCAGCAGGCAAGCAGUUCAUCUUAACAAAUCAUGAUGGCUCUACCCCAAGCAAGGUGAUCCUUGCCAGACAAGAUUCCACUCCAGGAAAAGUUAUCCUAGCAACUCCAGAUGCUGCAGGUGUCAACCAACUGUUUUUUGCAUCCCCUGAUAUAUCUGCACAACACAUCCAGAUUUUAACAGACAACUCCCCCAAUGAACAGGGUCUAAAUAAAGUGUUUGAUCUGUGUGUUGUAUGUGGAGACAAAGCAUCAGGGCGUCAUUAUGGAGCAGUAACCUGUGAGGGAUGCAAAGGAUUCUUUAAAAGGAGUAUACGUAAAAAUUUAGUUUAUUCCUGCCGAGGAACAAAAGACUGUGUCAUAAACAAACACCACCGGAAUCGCUGUCAGUAUUGUAGGCUGCAGAGAUGCAUCGCCUUUGGGAUGAAACAAGAUUCUGUACAGUGUGAGAGGAAACCUAUUGAAGUGUCAAGAGAAAAAUCUUCUAACUGUGCAGCUUCUACAGAAAAGAUCUACAUUCGGAAAGAUCUUCGUAGUCCAUUAGCUGCAACCCCAACUUUUGUAACAGACAAUGAAACAGCAAGAUCACCAGGUUUGCUGGAAUCAGGAAUGUUUGUUAACAUUCAUCCAUCUGCAAUAAAAAGUGAGCCUACUGUGCUGAUGACUCCAGAUCAGGUAGAAGCAUGUCAAGGAGAUUUAAGUACACUGGCAAAUGUGGUGACUUCAUUAGCAAAUCUCAGUAAAUGCAAGGACAUGUCACAAAGCAGUACAGAGCUAUCCAUGAUCGAAAGUUUGAGUAAUGGAGAUGCAUCAUUAUCUGAACUCAAGCAAGAAGAACAAGCUAGUAGUGAUGUUACAAGUUUAUCUGCAGUCCUAUAUAUCUGUUGAUGACUGAGACUGACAAAAAGAGAAACAAAAUUAUUUGUAGCAAAGGAUAUCAAUGCCAUGUGUUUUAAUGUUGAUUAUGCCUUGUUUUCUCACUUUGUGGGCUAGAUUUUCAUAGCUCCCAGGCAAGUUUUGUUCUAGAUUCUCUUUCCUGUGGUGUUUUACUUUACAGACAUUGCUCAUGUUGGAGCUUUGUGUAGGAAAGGACUCACAUUGCUGAGCCAUGAGGAAGCAAAGCUGCUACUGAUUUCUGCUGGCUUACUACUGGCAGUUUGAGAUAAGAGGGAGAAGAUUUCUUUGAAGGCAACAUUGAAGAAUGGGUUGAGAAAAAGUGUCAUGGGCAGACAUGGUUAACAAGUAUACAUGCCCACACUAUUUAAAAAGGACUCUUCAGCCUGUGCUAGAAUAAAUACAGGAUAGUGACAGAUGCAUGUGACAUUUACCUUUUGGAGAAAGGGGAAGUCUUGUUCCUCUCUUAAAUUUCUGUCCAUGCUGUAUGAAGAGCCCUGCAGAGAUCCUGUUGUUUCUUAAAAGCAGCUGUCACUGAGCUGUUGUGUUUGCCUGUUCUACCUAAGACUGCAAAGACUGAAUUGUGGAAGACCUGAAACUUAGAUGUUCUAGCAGCAGUCCAAAGAAUAGUUUCUAGAGCUGAGCCAUGAAUGCCUUCCCUUUGUGCCAACUUUGUACGUACCAGAGACAGGAGAUGGCCCAGGUAUGUCUGUAUAGUCCACUUGUGUAUGCCCCAGUCACCCUCGUGUACACAUCAAGGCACACAGGCUAGUUAGGACCAAAAAGUUGUUUGUUUACCAUCCCAAGCCUUUAGGCAGUGUCAGCAGCUCUGUGAUAUUUCAUUUGGUUGUGUGUAGUUAUGUUAAACAGCUCAAUUUUUUUAGCAUAUUAGUGAAUUCAUAUAGCUAGAGAGUGUGGGGAUAGAGAAGGUGGCCAAGUUCUAUCCCAGAUUUGGAAUUAAAUCAGUGAUUUUUAGACUCUGUGGUAAUAAACAUGUCUAUAAAUUGAGAAUGAGCUCUAUAUACAAGCUGAUAAUCAGCUUUUGUAAAGUUUUCAGGCCUCAGUGCAUAAGUUUUUCAGCAUGCAACACUGUAUAGAAAUGUUGCUGUUCCCAGGAUAUGUCAUCUGUCUGUAGGCAGUGAUCAAAUCUGUGUAUUUUUGAGUAAAUAUAUCUGUGCUUGUCCUGACAUCUGCCCUCUAGCAUUUGUGCUUGUGAAAGCCAAGAGUCACUGCCACGCAGCAAAGGGUACUGGAUUUUAUUGAAAGCAUGGGAGUACUUUCUCUUAC